CUGCAAUGGGGUAUUGGUUUUUUUGACCGAAAAUCUUAAAGUGUAUAAAAGUGAUUUCAUUCGAAUAUUCUUCUAUAAAUAUACCAAAAAUUAUUUCAAACUAUUUCGAAUAAUCCAUGACCGCGUGCGGACCUGCCGCGAGAAAAUUGCUCAUCCUCCUACCAAAACAAUCGGCUCGGUAUCCUUAAAUGACUCGUAGCGAAAUAUAGCCGGAGAAAACGCCCUCGUAGAGAACAGAUUGGGCAGCUCGCGACGAACGAUUCAGCACCGAAGCUGGAAUGGCUAUAUUUGAGUGGCGUAAGUUUAACUUUUUCGACCUCCGCAAGGGAGUCGAUAAGGAGAAGGUAGCGGAGGCGUUGCAAGAGGCCAAGAUAACGGCCACCGCGAACGGGAACACGUUGAUCGUAGUGUGUGAUUCGGCCGGAUUCAUUCACACCUUCAGCCGUACGUGGGAAGUGAUCAGCUUCAAGGGCCACGAUGGUUCGAUUCUGCUGUGCGACAUCUCCAAGCAGAACAAUCUGCUCGUUACGGUGAGCCAGGAGGGGAAUGGUUCCUCGUUUAAAGUCUGGAAUCUUUCGAAACUAUCCGCCGUAACGGGGGCGCAAUGUUUGCGCACCGUCCGAACCGCGGAAUCCGCUCCGACGGCGCUGGCCGUCUCCGAGGGUGGCCAAUUUAUGGCGAUCGGGUUUGCCGACGGCAACAUAUCACUGUACCGCGGGGACAUCAGCCGUGAUCGUUCGAAAACCCUCAAACAACUAACGGCCGGCUCUAGUGCUAUCGUUGGGAUCGCGUUCAAGCACUGCCACAAGCAUACCCAGAUGUUUGUCUGUUCGAACUCCGGCAUCUAUCUGUACAAUCUGCACAGCCGAGACAAGGAAGUGCGGGUGGUGCUGGGAAGCAUGAAGAAACCCGUAGGUUGCUGUGCAUUGCAGACGGGCCAUAAUGAGGGAUACUUUAUGGUCGGACUGGAAGAUGCUGUGUACUGCUACACCUCCGAUGGACGGGGGCCGUGCUAUGCCUUGGAGGGUCAGAAAACGUUGCUGCACUGGUAUCGGUCCCAUCUGCUCGUAGUGAUGCGGAACCCCCGUACGCCGGAAGGCUACACUUUGACCGUGAUUGAUAUACAGAACAAAUUCAUCGUCUUUACGAGCCCAAUCGAGGAGAUUAAAGCCGUGCUGACCGAGUUCGGUACGUGCUACAUACUGACGGAGAACAAACAGGUGUUUCAUUUGGACGAAAAAGAUCUACAGAGUAAGCUAAAUAUGCUGUUCAAGAAGAACCUGUACGAUAUUGCGGUGCGCAUUGCAAAGUGCAAUCAGUACGACGCGGAAGGAUUGGCCGGGAUCUUCAAGCAAUACGGUGAUCACUUGUACAACAAGGGCGACUACGGUCGAGCGGUGGAGCAAUACGCUAAAACGAUUGGCUAUCUGGAACCAUCGUACGUGAUACAGCGCUUUCUGGAUGCCCGGCAUAUACACUUUUUAACCGACUAUCUGCAGACGAUGCACGAACAGGGCGAGGCAACGGCUGACCAUACGACGCUUCUGCUGAACUGCUUCACACGUCUCGAUCGUACGGCCCAGUUGAAGGAAUUUCUGAAAAACGAUCGAAAGUGCAAUCUGUUCGAUGUCGAUGUGGCGAUCAAAGUGUGUCGCGAUGCGUCGUACGUCGAGGAGGCGUUGCAGCUGGCCAAGACUAAUCGCAAGCACGACGCCUGCUUGAGCAUUUUGACGGAAGAUACGCAGCAGUUUGAAGAAGCCCUCCGGUAUCUCGAAACGCUGGCUCACCGUGAUUCGAAGCGUAUUCUGAAGAAGUACGGCCCAUUGCUGAUGGCCAACUGUCCCACACGAACGAUUGCGCUACUGAAAAAGUUGUGCACCGAAACGGUCGAUCAGUCGACGGAAGAGGACGCUAUCGAUAACGAGGAUUCGAGUGUUGAGGCGGCAAUGCUAAAUGUUGGUGAACUGUUAGCCAACCUAAACUUGCAGCAAAGUGAGCAAGCGGGGCAUAACGAUCGCUGCAAUCCGGAGGACUUCAUCCAUCUGUUCACCGACACAGAGCAGUUGAUUGACUUCCUCGAGCAUUUGGUGCGCUUCGUACCCUCUAGCAACCAGUCUGUGUACAACACGCUGAUCGAGCAUUACCUGUACUGCUGGCGUACGAUACCGGGUGUCGAAGAGAAGCUACUCGAUCUGCUGAAGUACAACACGGAGCGAUACGAUCGGAUGCACGCGUUGGCUCAGUGCAGGAUACAAGAAUUCUGGCCCGGUGUAAUGUAUCUGUUCGAGGAAGAUAAGCUUUACCAUUUGAUAUUGCGUCACUAUCUGCAGCAUCGGCAGUACGAUAACCUGCUUGCUUGCUGUCGUCGCCUCGGUCAAACCGAUAGCUCGCUGUGGCUGCAGGCGUUGAAUGGAUUGAAGAAUGAUAGCGAAGCACCACCGCAUGUCUUCACCCAGGUGCUACAGGUUAUAUCUCAGAAGCGCUUACAAGCACCACUACAGGUGUUGGACUGUUUGGCGUUCGAGAAUGGGCCAACGUUUGCCUCGGUGAAGGAGUAUUUUGCGCAGAUCUUUCAGAAGGAACAGGACACGAUACGUAGUGAGGAGGAGCUGGCCCGUACGUACAGUGAAAAAUCGAUUGCCAUCAAACUGCACAUCAAGCACCUGCAGGAAGGCAACGUAGAGUUUCAGAACACAACAUGCGAUGCCUGCAAGCAAACGUUGCUCAUGCCGGCUCUGUUUUUCCUGUGCAAACAUUCCUAUCAUCAAGACUGCAUUCGGGGAUACUCGGAAACCGAGCGGGAUUGCCCGGUGUGCAACAAAAAUAACAUGCAGCAGAUCGAGGCACUGCGAGCGCAGAGCGAAGCUCGUGAUCAGCAUGAACAGUUCCACAACAUGCUCGAACGUUCCUCGGAUCCGUUCGCCGUGGUAGCCGAUUAUUUCGGUCGUGGCCUUUUCAAUAAACUCGUCCUUUAUGAGGAGGAAAGUGCUGGAGCUGAUCAAAGUGCAGCGCAGCAGGCAAAACCUGUGUCCACGCAGCAGCAGCAGAUAACGGCCGGUCCGACAGCGAACAUAUCGAAAACGGCUGUUCCGCAAACCUCUGCAGGUCCAAUUACCGGUGACGUUAGAGGAGGCGUGAUCGCAGCGAACUAUGGCGCCGGUGCGGAAGCUAGAUUACGACAGGAGGAGAACCGAUCGACGCGGUUGGAUGCCCAGGAAACUCAGUUGCGGCUUCGGCUAGAGGAACAGGAGCGACUGCGACAGCAACGUCAGCAGCAAACGGUGACCAUGGCUCAGCAACAAAUGAAGCUACGCGAUGAGCGCAAUUCUAAGGUUGCAUCGCCAUACGGUAGUCCCAAACCAAGGUCGUCCUUUCCGGUGCCUUCGUCAACCAGCAAAUCGUUUAAUACACCUGCCACUGGGAAAAGUGGUGCCGCUGUGGCCGUACUGAAAAAUCCCUUUGAAGAGGAUGAUCAGCAGCAAUCGUCACAGUACGACAGUACCAAAGACCCAUUCAAUGAGGAUCCGGUCCUACCUGCGAGGCAGGUCAAACGUCCCGUCGUCAAUGCGGCGCCGGCUCCGGUCGGCACUAAUCCGUUCGACGACGAAGAAGAGGUCGAUUAUGAUAGCAAAUUGGAUCCAUUCGCCGAGUAAGCUAGUCGAAAAUCUGCGUGGAAGCUGAGCUGAGUAUGAUCAAAGCAGUGCGAUAUGAUUGGCCGACAUAAUGUGGCACCGGUUUUCGUGGCCCCAGUCUUUGGCUGCCCACAUUUGCUGCUACCCGGUAUUUAUUCCACUUAGUUAUGGUAUUGAUUGAUAAUAAAAGAAAAAUCGUAUCAAAAAUC